AUGUUUACUGUUGUGAUCCAUCAGGAUUCUCAUCACGUACAGCAGCGCCAGCCCCACAUUCGCCCAUGUCAUGGUCUCUCUCUUGGAGCUCACCUGCACUGCAUCUACUUGGUCCUCAUUCUGUACCAUGAUAAGGAGGACAAGAUCAAUGCCCUCAUUAAAGCAGCUGGUGUCAAUUUUGAAUCUUUUUGGCCUGGCUUGUGUGCAAAGGCCCUGGCCAACCUCAACACUGGGAGCCUCAUCUGCACUGUAGGGGCUGGUGGUGCUGCUUCAGCAGGAGGUCCUACCCCUACCACUGCUGCUGCUCCAACUGAGAAGAACAAAGUGGAAGCAAAGAAAGAAGAAUCCAAGGAGUGUGAUAACAUGGCCUUUCGUGGUGUUUUUGAUUAA